AUGAAAAACUUUAAGACAAAAAAGCAUGGCAAAGACAGAAGAACAAUAGCAGCUUCACUGUGCUCCAAAGCUACUCAUGCUGCCUUGAUCAAUGUUACUGGUAAAAGGCCAUUUAUACUCACUAGAUCAACUUUCGUAAGCUCCGGAAAGUACACAGCUCAUUGGACUGGAGAUAAUGCUGCAACAUGGGAUGAUUUGGCAUACACAAUUCCAGCCAUUUUAAAUUUUGGACUCUUUGGGAUUCCAAUGGUUGGAGCUGAUAUUUGUGGCUUUUCUAGAGACACAACUGAAGAACUCUGCCGGCGUUGGAUUCAGUUAGGUGCCUUUUACCCAUUUGCAAGAGAUCACUCUGAUAAGUCUAAAGCGCGUCAAGAGCUGUAUCUUUGGGAUUCAGUUGCUGCAACAGCAAGGAAGGUGCUUGGGCUACGAUACAGGCUACUCCCUUACUUCUACACAUUAAUGUAUGAGGCACACACAAUAGGGACUCCUAUUGUAAGACCCCUUUUCUUCUCAUUCCCUCAAGAUACCGAAACUUAUGGAAUCAAUACACAGUUUCUGAUUGGAAAAGGUGUCAUGGUGUCACCUGUGCUAAAGCAAGGAGCAGUUUCCGUUGACGCAUAUUUCCCUGCAGGAAAUUGGUUUGAUCUCUUCAACUAUUCAAAUUCGGUGAGUGUAAAUCCAGGAAAGCAAGUGACUCUUUCAGCACCAUCUGAUCACAUAAAUGUGCAUGUUCGAGAAGGUAAUAUUUUGGCCUUGCAAGGAGAGGCCAUGACAACUAAAGAAGCCAGGAAGACGCCAUUUGAACUCUUGGUGACUAUCAGCAGCAAGGAAAAUAGCACAGGAGAAGUUUUCUUGGAUGAUGGAGAAGAAGUGGGCAUGGGAGAAGAGGAAGGUAAGUGGAGUUUGGUGAGAUUUUAUGGUGGAAUGGUAAAGGACAAUGUUACAGUUAGAUCAGAAGUUCUGAACGGCAACUUCGCUUUGAGUCAAAGGUGGAUCAUAAACAAAGUGACUUUUAUAGGACUAGAAAAUGUAGAGAAAAUGAAAGGGUAUAAGGUGAAGAUUACGACAGGAACAGAGCUGAUUGAGAAUUCAGUUAUUAAGGCAAGUGGGAACAAUGUUCUUACAGUAGAAAUCUCGGAAGAAUCACUGCUGAUUGGGAAAGAGUUCAUGUUGGCACUGAAACUCAACAAUUCAUCAAAAAUCUCUUAA